AUUUCGUUCGCAAAGCCAGCCGGAGGAGCAGUAAUCGAAAGGGAGCCAUGUUGGUCAAGGUCUUAAUGCUCGCAUUGCUCGCGGUCCUGAGUCAGGCGAAGCCCCAGCUGUUGGUCACGACGCCAGUGAGUUAUGCAACCGGAGCGGGAGGCACCUGGCUGGCCCCCUCCCCCUCCGCCGCCUACUACCCGGCCUAUGCCAGCUAUCCGGCCUACGCGGCGUAUGCGUAUGCACCGGUUUAUGGCGCAUACGCCACGUAUCCCUACUACUACCCGUAUCUAAGGCGCUGAAUCAGAUUCCGAUGCCUCUGGGCUGGUCAACUUAAAUAUUCAGUGAAUUUGUAGGCAGUCCUAC